AUGGGUUCUCUCGCUCCUAACGUGGCCGAGUUGGACGCCUCCAGCUUCAAGAUCACUCGCUCCACUAACCUUCGCGAUGUGCCUCUGCCUGGCUCACCUGAGGAGUUGAGCCACUCCUAUUGCACCGACCACAUGGUCACCGUGCGGUGGACUGUCAACAAUGGCUGGGAAACCCCCGAGAUCAAGCCCUACCAGAACCUGAGCAUCCCGCCCACUGCUUCCUGCCUGCACUACGCCACCGAGUGCUUCGAGGGUAUGAAGGUUUACCGCGGCUACGAUGGCAAGCUGCGUCUGUUCCGUCCUGACUUGAACGGCGAGCGUCUGAACACAUCCUCUCAGCGAUCAUCGCUGCCGGGCUUCAAGUUCGAUGAGAUGAAGAAGCUGGUUGCUAAGCUGAUGCAGAUUGAUGGAGCCCGCUGGCUUCCCAAGGAGCGUCCUGGCUCGUUCCUGUACAUCCGCCCUACCGUCAUCGGUAACGGUCCUCACCUGGGUGUCCAGGUGCCCAAAGAGGCCCUCCUCUUCAUCAUUGCCGUCCCAUGGCCCGACUUCACCAAGAUGAAGAAGGAAGGCGAGACCAUUUCCAAGGGCCUCAAGCUUUUCGCCUCCAACCCCGACUCCAUCCGUGCUUGGCCCGGUGGUUUCGGUUGGGCCAAGCUCGGCGCCAACUAUGGCCCGUCUCUCCAGUCUCACGGUAAGGCCCAGGCCAUGGGCUUUGACCAGAUUCUUUGGCUGUUCGGCGAGGACCGCCAAGUUACCGAGGCGGGCGCUAGUAACUUCUUCAUUAUCUGGCACAAUGCCGACACUGGCCGUCUGGAGCUUGUCACUGCUCCCUUGGACAGCCAGCUGAUCCUGCCUGGUGUGACUCGUCGCAGUGUUUUGGAGCUGGUGCGCGAUCGUCUGUCGGAGCAGUUUGUGGGCAAGCUUACCCCUCUGCAGGUUGCUGAGCGCACCUUGACUAUUUCUGAGAUUGAAAAGGCUGCUGAGGAGGGCCGUAUCGUUGAGUCUUUCGUUUCUGGCACCGCUUACUUUAUCACUCCCGUUGCUAUGAUCCGUAACAAUGACAAGGAUAUUAGCACCAUGGGCAAGGACGGCGAGCCUGCUGGCUACGCUGCCCAGAUCAAGUCCUGGUUGGAGGCCAUCAUGUACGGCAAGGAGGAGCACGACUGGGCCUACCUUGUUGAGGAGGAGCAGUAA